AUGGCAUCAGGCUCCUCAUCUCACCUUGAACUCAAAAAAAAGGCCGACGACGACGACGACGAUGAUAUCCCUCGCUCUUCAUCAUCCAGCCCCCAACAAUCUGAGCAAGGAGCUGAGUGGCUCGUGACAAGAAUACUGGCAGAGGCCAGUAUUAAAGGUGUAACAAAAUAUCUUUUAGAAUGGGAGGGAUUCGAACUGAAGGAAGCGACCUGGGAGCCAGCUUGUAAUUUAAGUGAACAGCUGCUCGCCGACUGGAGAGCUGGAAUCGGACGGGUUGGCAAGACAGCGCCGGGCUUUAAGAUCAGCCAUUGGAGAGAAGCUGUCAACGCUGACAUUCGCGCAAAAUAUGCAAAACACUCGGCAAGGAAUCGGAAGCUUAUUCAAUCAGGUUUAGAGCCUCAGCCGCCCGAAGGCACGUUGCGGGAUUGGAUGAAUGAUAUAGAGGGCCCUUCUGAGGAUGGCCUGGAUGAUACAAACGAUAAGCGUGACCAGCCAGAAAGCUUUGCUUACAAUGAUUCCACGAUUGGCAAUUCAGCUUCCCCCGAAAUCGGAUCAGCGAGAAACGAGACACCCGUUGUCAUGGACAAACCCGCUAAGGAGUCUGUUGACAAAAUCUUCGACACUCGUCAAAAAGAAGUAGCACAUGUUGAAGGCCUAAACCAUCUGGAUACAGGCAGCAACGACAAACGAAUCGACAGACUACGCAUUUCCAGUUGCCUGCCUUUCUUCAAGACAUUGGCGAAGUCACCAGUCGGAGCGGGCAAGGAGUCUAGGAAGACAAUCCAAAAGCAAGAUGGAAUGAGAACGCCGCACACGGCACAGGAUACUCAUAUCGACGUUCCAAACGCAUCAAAAGCCUCAUCAAGACCAGCCUCAGGUGAGGGUACAGCUGACAACAUGGCGUUGACUGUGAACGUGUUUGUUGGUGGGAAGAAACGGCGAGCAAGCAGCUCUUUGGUUGAUGCCCUCUCUGAUCCUACGAGGCAUCAACAGUUCUUGACGUUUCGUAAGAGGCGGUUGGUUGAGAAAGCUUUGAGGGAUGGAGAAGGUUGUAGACCGCCAGGUGAACCAAGUCGAGCCUUCGCAACGCUGCCAGGCUCUGAAGCUACUACUACAUCGCCGGGUACGGCUCUGGAGGCCAAUCGUUCGGGUCAACCAGAUGCAGACCCUUCUUUCUUGCCUCUGGCAAUCGCCACCCAAAAACUAAAGAAGAGGGUCCGCUGGGCGGAUGAUCUUUACCAGACAUUUGACAGUCUCUUCGUGUCGGAUGAAAAGAGCGUUGGGCAUGUCGACAUGCCACCUACCUUUGGAAUGAACAAUGCGGAUACUGACAGCUGUUCUGACUCGACUAUUCGACCUUUAGCUGCUUUCAACUCUCAGCAAAGAACCAAAAUGUGCUAUUUCGGUCCGGGUGAAGAAUUUUGUGCCAAAGUUGAGUUUUCUUCACUGCCAGUGAAUGAGAGCGACCCAUGGGUUCAAUGGUUCAAAGAUAACGACCGGCUGUUAUUCUCCCAUUUUUGCUCUCUCACAGAUCUAAUGUCACAGUUGGGAUGCAACACUCUUCAAGAUGCAAGUACCUGUCAAGGCACACUGUUAUCGAGCGGACUGGAUCAGAAGGUGAUGGAGUCUGUGGGUGAACGACUCCGAGUAGGACAACUUGCUGUCACAUGCCACCAAUCGAAUUUCUAUGUUGCCGUUUUCCCUCCUGAAGCUUCGCCUGGAUUUGAUACUCUGAACGGUAACACCGCGUUGCGGCAAACGGCGGCGCACCUCAAUUACUCAAUACUUCAGCCUAGUCCGCCUUUCCCACUUUCUAUGCUGGCUCCGGUGCCGUCUGUUGUUCAACAAGGAAAGGCCCUUAGCGCCUUUAAUCUGUGUCUUGGACGCCCAUUUGAAAAACUGUUCCCAAACGGACAAAAUGGGCCUCCUCAAAAUUUUUUCUUCAUGUUUACUCAGGCUGCCUAUCGUGAAGCAACGAUACUGGCUGGGUGGUUACGUGAAGUAGACAAUAAUUGCACAAUCAGGACUAGCUUUUCCCCAGGGCAGUGGUCUGAAUUCGGGACGCUCGAUAGAGGGAUUGUGAUACUGCAUGAAGAUUCACUAUGGCUACUUCGGACAGUUCCAAAGGUAUCGACUAUUCUGCAUGGGAACCCUGUCAACAUUGACUUCUAUAUCUUCUCUACCUCUGGGGGGCCCUCAUCAUUAGACGAUAAAAGUGCAGCCUCGGUCUGCAGGAACUACCAGUUACGUCAAGCAUUCCAGUACGGGAUAGUCGUUUUCAUUACCCCAAGUUUUCUGGUUUCCCAGCCAGAACAAGCAUACAACUUUGCCAAAUUUUUCUGGAAGAACUACACCAUGAAUAGCUCCAUAUACCGCCCGGGAAAAUUGGCGUUUUGUUCGGACAUUCUGGGUUGGUUGCUAGACUUGGCCAUGGAAAAGGCUGCGAAAGCGCCAAGCGAAGCUGUUGAAGCUCAACAAGAGCACAGAAGAGCCAGUACAGCCAUGUACAAGUGCUGGAACCUCAUUCGUAUGAUGGUCGACUUUGACAGGGACGAGCUCUGUGAGGACAACCUCAUCCUCUAUGCUCCCGAGUACUUGGAUGGAAACGAUGAACAGAGUUUGGUAAACUGGUUCGGUUCUUGGACGGCACACCACCACCGGUUCAGGAAAUUUCUGGUCUUGGGAUCAAGCAAUCAGACCGAAGCCAGACUGUCGCGGGACUUGCGACCUGUUCGUUUUGCGGCACUAACCGGAACUGAGACUCGCACGUCUGGUGAUAUGGGACGCUAUCCAGCUGAACCAGCGUUGCCAUCGCAGAAAGAAUUGCCAUGCUCGGUAAGAAAUACUGCGGUUCAGAUUCGGAACUUUCUCACGGAUGUUGAACAGCAGUCAAAAAAUAUGUCCUAUUGUCCCCUGGUUCUAUAUAGGUACCCGAUCUCGUUUUGGGAUUCUGAUUCCGGCCUCAACUUUGGAGACUUCGUGUCGUUAUUCGAUGAUCAGAAGACAUGGUUUAACUUUUUUGCCAAGCCCCUAUUUGCGACAGCGAAACGUCGUCCGUCAAAUGUAUUGCUGCCACGCAAAAAAAACACUUACAUCGGACUAUUCUACACACUCGAGAAGGAUGGUUCUCAGGAAGUAUCCAAGAAGUCGCGGGAACCAAGAUGGGCACCCUGGAUUGCGGGUUACCGACCUGUAAACUUGCAACGUAAACCAUGGAAAACCAUGGAAUUACUUAUCUGGGACCCGAAAUUGAACGUUCAAGCUUCAGACUCGAGCGAAAUAUACGAAAGUGAGCUCACAGCUGCUCAGAGGGAACUUAUUAGCUUUGUCAGGGAAAACAGUGGAGAAGAAAAAAGUACGCUUCCAUUGGAGCGAGUUUGGCUUGGGCCAUUCACCAAUACUCAUGAGGACGGAAUGAGUGACCACCUUGAUUGCACUUUGUCUUGGGUCGAGAACAUCUCUAGCACGAUAAGGGAGCGGCUUCCAGUGGACAGCCGCUGGCUGCUAGCUCAGGGUUGGAAAGAGGUCCAUUCUGGGUCGAAACCUCAAGAUCCUACCAACCUGCGCCAUGUUGCAGAGGCUCGGAUGGAUCCUUCCGAGUACAUUUCACUUCCACUAAGAACAGUUAUACCUGCUCCUGAAUUCAGAAGCGCUGGUGAUGGAGCCGCAGGCAAAAAUCAUUUCCAGGAAGCAGUCCUGAAGAAUCAAGGACUGAAACGCAUCCCGUUCACUUUCAAGCCGACCUUGACGUGGUACGCAGAGCAACUCAAGAACGGGGGAGGUUUUGAGCACAUUAUUAUUUCAGAGUGGCAGUCGGUCUUUACGAAGUAUAAGAUCGUCGAUCCAGAGGUUGACUGA